GCCGCUGUUGUUGGCGGUUCUCCGGUUCGAUCAGGGAAUGAUCCCGGUGUUGUGUAAUUCGGGGGCCGGUUGCAUUGGGAAAGGGCCGGGCCCGAGCUCUGCCGGACGGCUGAGGAGCAUGGCUGCAGUGUUAGAUCUGCAGUGAGAGAUUUAUUGGAAGAAAAACCACGACUGAAGACGAGGGAACAGCAACAAGUGAACCAGCCCGAGGACUGAGAGCACCGACUGGAGAGAACCCAUCUGACUCGGAGAUUCCAGUGAUUCAGUCCGGAGAAAGUUUGGUUAAAAUCGACAAGGAAUUUGUCUAUGGGAAUUCAAACGCAACACACCAGUUGUGCUGUCGCUGUCUAGAUAUUUAAGGAGCAAGGGAUUCAAUCAGCCAUCCUUCCUGUUCAGACUGUGCGGAGGGAUUCACUCGGUCAUCCGACCAACUGACACGUCUGUCAUUUUACACAGGGGAGAGACCGUUCUCCUGCUCAGACAGUGGGAAUGGAUUUACUCGGUAAUCUCAACUGAAGGUUCACACUGGGCAAGGCCAUUCAUCUAUUCUGUGUGUGGGAAGGGAUUCAGUUGGUCUUCCCACCUGUGGACACACCAGUCAGUUCACACUGGGCAAGGCCAUUCAUCUAUUCUGUGUGUGGGAAGGGAUUCAGUCGGUCUUCCCACCUGUGGACACACCAGUCAGUUCACACUGGGCAGAGGCUGGUCAUCUGCUGAAUUUGUGGGGAAGGAUUCAGUCGGUCAUCUGAUCUAAUGGCUCACCAGCGCGUUCACACUGGGGAGAGGCCGUUCACCUGCUCAGACUGUGGGAAGAGAUUCACUCGAUCAUCUGACCUGCUGGCGCACCGACGUGUUCACACUGGAGAGAGGCCAUUCACCUGCUCAGACUGUGGGAAGGGAUGCAGUCAGUUAUCUGCACUGAAGGUACAUCAGCGAGUUCACACUGGAGAGAGGCCGUUCACCUGCUCAGACUGUGGGAUGGGAUUUACUCAGUCAUCUCACCUACUGAGACACCAGCGAGUUCACACUGGGAAGAGGUCAUUCACCUGCUCAGAUUGUGGGAAGAGAUUUACUCAGUUAUACAACCUACAGAGUCACCAGCGAGUUCACACUGGAGAGAGGCCAUUCAUCUGCUCAGAAUGUGGGAUGGGAUUUGCUCAGUCAUCUCACCUCCUGAGACACCAGUCAGUUCACACUGGGGAGUGGCCAUUGAACUGCUCAGAUUGUGGGAAGGGAUUCCCUCGGUUAUCCCAACUACUGGGACACCAGAAAGUUCACACUGGGGAGAGGCCUUUCACCUGCUCAGAAUGUGGGAAGGGAUUCAGUAAUUCAUCCCACCUACAGAGACAUCUGCGAGUUCACACUGGGGAGAAGCCAUUCACCUGCUCGAACUGUGGGAAGGGAUUCAUUCAAUUAUCUGAUCUACAAAAUCACCAGCGAGUUCACACUGGGGAGAGGCCAUUCACCUGCUCAAACUGUGGGAAGGGAUUCACUCAGUUAUCCACCCUACACAGUCACCAACGAGUUCACACUGGGGAGAAGCCAUUCACCUGCUCAGUCUGUGGGAACGGAUUCAGUGAUUCAUCCGCCCUACACCGUCACCAACGAAUUCACACUGGGGAGAAGCCAUUCACCUGCUCAGUCUGUGGAAAGGGAUUCACACAGUUAUCAAGCCUACACAGUCACCAACGAGUUCACACUGGGGAGAAGCCAUUCACCUGCUCAGUCUGUGGGAACAGAUUCAGUGAUUCAUCCGCCCUACACCGUCACCAACGAAUUCACACUGGGGAGAAGCCAUUCACCUGUUCAGAAUGUGGGAGGGGAUUCACACAGUUAUCCAGCCUACGCAGUCACCAACGAGUUCACACUGGGGAGAGGCCAUUCUCUUGCUCAGACUGUGGGAAGGGAUUCACACAGUCAUCAAGCCUACACAGUCACCAACGAAUUCACACUGGGGAGAAGCCGUUCACCUGCUCAGACUGUGGGAAGGGAUUCACGCUGUCAUCUAAUCUACUGAGACACCAGCGAGUUCACACUGGGUAGAGGCU